GCGGCGGCUGCCUGCGCCUGUGCAUCAAGGCUCGGCGGCGACCUGAGCCUGCGCGGCGCGGCGCUGCGGAGACCGUUGGCUCAUUUGCAUGUCCCCGCCUCGCGCGGUGGCGGCGGCGGGUCAGAGAAACAUGGCAGCAAGGAGAAUUGCACAGGAGACUUUUGAUGCUGUAUUGCAGGAAAAGGCUAACCGAUAUCAUAUGGACCCCAGUGGUGAGGCUGUAGGCGAAGCUCUUCAGUUUAAAGCUCAAGAUCUUCUAAGGACAGUCCCAAGAGCCAGAGCAGAUAUGUAUGAUGACAUUCAUAGCAACAGCAGAUACACUCUGGGCGGAUCUGUAGCUCAUCCUCGAGACACUGGGAGAGAAGGCCUGAGAGGUGAUAUAUUUCCAGGACCUUCCUUCAGAUCAAGCAACCCUUCUGUAAGUGACGACAGCUACUUUCGCAAAGAAUGUGGUCGGGACCUGGAAUUUUCCCACCCUGACUCCCGAGACCAGGUCUUCGGCCACCGGAAAUUGGGACAUUUCCGUUCUCAGGACUGGAAAUUUGCACUCCGUGGCUCUUGGGAACAAGACUUUGGCCAUUCAGUUUCUCAAGAAUCCUCCUGGUCACAGGAGUAUAGUUUUGGUCCUUCUGCAUUACUGGGGGACUUUGGCUCCUCCAGGCUGAUUGAGAAAGAGUGUUUGGAGAAAGAGAGUCGGGAUUACGACGUGGACCGUCCAGGAGAGGCAGACACUGUGCUCCGGGGCAGCAGCCAAGUCCAGGGCAGAGGCCGAGGUCUAAACAUUGUUGACCAGGAGGGUGCCCUCCUCGGAAAGGGGGAGACUCAAGGCCUGCUCACGCCUAAAGCGGGGGUCGGGAAACUUGUCAUGCUUAGAAAUGUGAGCACAAAAAAGGUACCCACUAUAAGUUGUAUCACUCCCAAAACUCAGGGCACUAACCAAAUUCAGAAAACCACCCCAAGUCCUGAUCUGACCCUGGGGACAAACCCAGGGACGGAAGAUGUCCAAUUCUCCACUCAGAAAAUCCCUUUGGGGCUUAAUCUGAAGGAUAUUCGGCUUCCCAGAAGAAAGAUGAGCUUCGAUCUGAUAGAUAAGUCUGAUGUUUUUUCGAGGUUUGGGGUAGAAAUAAUCAAAUGGGCAGGAUUCCACACCAUAAAAGAUGAUGUUAAAUUUUCCCAGCUUUUCCAGACUCUCUUUGAACUUGAAACCGAAACCUGUGCUAAAAUGCUCGCCUCAUUCAAAUGCUCUUUAAAACCAGAGCACAGAGAUUUUUGCUUUUUUACUAUCAAAUUUUUAAAGCACUCUGCUUUGAAAACACCCAGAGUUGAUAACGAGUUUUUAAACAUGCUUUUAGACAAAGGUGCUGUGAAGACCAAAAAUUGCUUUUUUGAAAUCAUAAAGCCCUUUGAU